UUCCGCCUUCGCCCAAAACCAACGCCAUAGCCGGUCACUACUACUGCUCCGCCCCAGACUAUCGACGGAAAUCCACAGUGCCACCGGAGGACGCCGCACGGCGGCAAGCCCCAACCAAACUGAAACCGCCAAUCCGCGACUAGCCGACUGCGGAGUCUGCCCCCACACGGCAACAACUACUUUACAUGUUCGCUCCUGCAAUCAAGACAGUUUUUAAUAGACAAGUCUUCAGAAGUGUUAAUUCAUUUCGAGUUAAACCACUUUCUGCACUUGCCCAGUUGAGCCAAUAUCCCUCAGAUUCUUCUUCUAGUUCUGAUGGAGAAAGUUCAAGCAGUAAUGUCAACGGUUCUGGUUUAGUCCAAGUUUUCUCUGAAGACGGGGCUCCAGAAAUUCUUUAUAGAUUAAGGAAUCAGCCGAAUUCUGCAGUAGCAUACUUCCAACAAAUGAAAGAGCGUGAGUUGCAGUGUGGUGUUGAUACUUAUGUGGCGAUUAUUCGGAUACUUUGUCAUUGGCGCAUGGAUAUAAGAUUAGAUUCGAUACUGUUGGAGGUAAUUAAGUCAGAGAAAGACACUCUGGGUUUUGAUGUGUCAGAAUUGCUUGGAGCAUUGAUGGAGGGACUCGACGGAGAGAGCCCCGAUUAUAUAAUUCAGAUUCUAGAUGCUUUGGUCAAGACUUAUGUGAGUUUGGGCAUGUUUGAUGAGGCCAUUGAUCUCCUAUUCACAACAAGGCGGGGGUUUUGUCCACGGUUAUCGUCAUGUAAUUUUUUGAUGAACCGACUCUUUGAGUUUGGGAAAUUGGAUAUGGUUGUGGCUAUUUAUAAGCAAUUGAAGAGGCUUGGGUUCAACCCAAAUGUUUACACUUACGGAAUUGUCAUUAAAGCACUAUGCAGGAAUGGGAAUUUGGAAGAAGCAUCGAGUAUUUUUGGGGAAAUGGAGGAAUUGGGUGUGCGUCCUAAUGCGUUCACUUACUCUGCAUAUCUCGAAGGCCUCUGCUUGCACAGGGGCUCUUCUCUGGGCAAUAAAGUAUUACAAGAAUGGAAAAAGUUAAAUAAACCCCUUGACGUAUUUGCUUACACUGUCGUCAUUCGUGGAUUAGUCAAAGAAAGGAAGUUUUCGGAGGCUCACACUCUUUUACACGAUAUGGAAGGAGAAGGUCUUGUUUCAGAUGACUAUUCUUAUGGGGCACUAGUUCAAGGUUACUGUGAGACAGGGAAUAAUACUAAAGCUCUGGAUGUCUAUGAAGAGAUGAGAACAAAGGGUAUUAAGACAAAUUGUGUGAUUAUUAGCUCUGUUCUUCAGUGUUUGUGUCGAAAGGAGAUGACAUUCGAGGCUGUUGAAGAAUUCAAUAGGGUUAAGGAGCUUGGAGUUUUUCUUGACGAGGUUGUUUAUAAUGUUGCAAUUGAUGCACUAUGCAAACUGGGAAAGAUGGAAGAGGCUAUGAAACUGUUAGAUGAGAUGAAGAAUAAGAGGAUGACUCCAGAUAUUGUGCACUAUACCACUUUAAUGAAUGGAUUCUGCCUAAACGGUAAACUAUUUGAUGCCUAUACCUUAUUUACUGAAAUCCUGAACAGUGGACCAAAACCGGAUGUUGUUACAUACAACGUGCUUCUCGGUGGAUUUUCUAGAACUCGUCAUGUACAAGAGACACUUGACCUGCUGGAGUAUAUGAAGAGACAAGGUUUAACCCCAACUGGUGUUACAUAUAAUGUAAUUAUUGAAGGUUUUUGUGUGGGCAAUAAGGUGGAGGAAGCUGAAUUAUUCUUUGAUAAUCUCAAUUGUAAAACCGAAGAAAACUAUGCUGCCAUGAUAAAUGGGUACUGCCAAUCAAAUAAUACAAGCAAAGCCUACAAACUAUUGCGAAAGCUGUUUGAGCAACGCAAAUCUAUAAGGAGAAGUUCAUGCUUGAAACUGAUGGCUUGCCUGUGUGUGGAAGGUGAAUGUGAUAAAGCUGUGGAACUAUUUAAGGAACUAGUUUUAAAUAAAUAUGACCCAUGUACAUCAAUGUAUAACUAUAUAAUAGCUGCUUUAUGCCGAGCUGGAGAUAUGAAAAAAGCUAGGAAGAUUUUUGACAUUAUGGAUUCAAGUGCAUUAAAACCCGAUGUAAUUAUUUAUACCAUGAUGUUAAAUGGUUAUUGUAAAGUUAAUUGCUUGCAAGAGGCACGCAAUCUCUUUGCGAACAUGUUGAGCAGGGGAAUAUCUCCUGAUGUUGUCACGUACACGGUUAUACUUGAUGGUUAUUCAAAAGGUUUAACAAGGGCCCAAUCGUCAUUCCAUGCGGGGCGAGAUAACAACAUUGCUCAUGCUAUCUGGCAUAAAAUCAAGGAGGAUAGGUUGAACGCUGAUGUCAUAUGCUACACUGCUUUGAUUGACAGUCAUUGCAAGUCUAAUAGCCUUGAAGAGGCUGUUCAGUUAUUCAAUGAGAUGAUUGAUAGAGGCGUACAACCCGAUAAUGUUACAUACACUGCCCUUCUAUGUGGCCUUCAUAGGCAUGGACGUAUAGAACAUGCUGUUAGCUUUUGUAAAGAUUUGAAGGAUAGGGGAAUAGAACCAGAUGAUCAAAUGAAGUCAGUUUGCAAUGUUUUGUUUAAGGCCAGAAGAGUACAAAUCAAGCGUUAAACUUCAGGAUCUCAAUAAUGUUACAUGCACUGCCCUGCUAUCUCGCUUCUAUAGGCAUUGACAUAUAGAAAGGGCUGUUAGUAUUGUGAAGGAAAUUAUGGAUAAGGGAACAGAGCCAGCCAGAUAAUAUCAUAUGAUGACAUCGUCCAGUGGCUUGUUUAAGGCCAGAAGAAUCCAAAUCAAGCUUAAAGCCUCAGAGUCUUAUGUGGCUUCUUGGUUCAUCUACACUGAUGGACUUUGUGAUUAAUAAUGCUCAAUCAGGCUGCUGCUAUCAAAUUGGUGAUGGAUAUUCUGAAGUUUGAGCCACAACAAUGUUCCCGAGUGUCACAAGAAUUCUUCGAAAAUAACAGGGUUUAUCAUCCUUUAUGGCUAUGCUGAGCUAGUUUCAUUGUUAGCGCCACACGCGCGCCACAAGAAAGGCCGCCUCUUUGAUUUGGAUGCCUCAGCAAUCACUAUAGUAAAAAAUAAGAGGGGAAGCAUGUGUUUGAUGCCCAGAAGCAGAAAUUGGCAAGUAGAUUAAGCACCUCAUGAGGCCAUUGAUUGGGUGGGUAUGGACUUUGGACUUCUUUGGUCGAUGCCUUUAUGAAUCUAUAACU